CCGCACAGUGCAUGUCGGGCUUCUUUAAUUCUUAAUCCACAACCCCCCUACACCACACCACCCCACGACUCAUCCAGCUCUCUCCUUUCUCGGCGUCAUGACACCACCUACAUAACGAAUGGGAUCUUUUCCUUUUUUGCGGAAACGGCGGCGGGGACGCAUUGCACGGAUCUGGAUCGCGGACACGAUCCACCGCCACCAUCCUUCGCGGCUUUAAUGAAAACAACUAUAGACUUUUUUCUCCUUCUCUUAUGUGGAAAGCAUGCGGUUGAUUUUUCUCUCCCUCCCUUUUCGUUGCGUCGACGCGAGACAUCACAUGCGCGGACACGCAUACGGUUUCGAACGUCGAGGCGUGGAUCGCAUCUUUUGGGGCUUUCUGAGGAAGGGCACCAGGCAGUUGGAUGCGGACCGAUGCCACGGCAAUCCCCUAAUCCACAAUCCCCUAAUCCACAAUCCCCUAAUCCAUGAUCCCCUCAUCCCACUCGAUUCUCCGAUCGUCGACACCUGGCGACGUUUCCCGACACCCACCGAGGGAUUCCUUGCCUUCGAGAUGUAUUUUAGGAUUCACACACAUUGCUACGGAGUAUCUGUCCGUUGGUUUCUCCACCGUCGUGGUUCCUUGUCUUUGACGCUCCCUCACUCUUCUAUCUCACCGACCACCACCGAACGAGAACCGCACCGAUCUCAGCCCACAGCCCCCUCCGAAUCCAUGUUUUUGCCUCUCCUCGUCCCGGCCGAGCGUGCGGUUUAAUUUAUUGGUACUGGUGUGGUGUUGCUCGGAUCGGUAUGGAACUGAGGAUCUUUGGCGAAUCGGAUGGGGAGGAAAUCACCCUUCUCACACACACACUUCUUCUUCUCUCACACACCGUAUACAUAGACACGGGAUUCUGCGAGGAUGGCACACGCACGCGGCGAAAAUGGUCUGCGAGAGAUGCGUGGAAAAGCGGCAUUUAUUGGAGGAGGGGAUAGACGAUCCCUGAAAUGGGGCCGAUGAUGGAUGGAUUGCGCCUGGCAUCAGUUGACUCCAGAAACGAAGAGGGAGUGGAGGAGUUGAGUGUACAAUGAACGGAAGGCGACGCAAAUGCAUACAAAUAUAUAUACCGGUAUCAAUCACGGCAACGGGAGCGUAAUGGCAUGAGUUCUUUCUUUUCUGGCAUGCGUAUGAUGCGUUCUUGGUCGCU